AUGUCAAUUUACCUCUGGCACUGUUACUCGGCUGCAAGGGCUACCUGGAAGUUACUUGUUGAAGGCGCAUCCAAGAUCUUUUCUGGUAUAUUUCCGCUAUUUUUCAAAACCUUCUCAUCCAAUCCUUAUAAGCCGAAUGAUCUUGAGUCCAAUGAUACUGUCGACGCUACCUCGAGAACUCUGGACUACGUGGCCUAUACCCUACGGCCAACAUUUCAGUCUGAUCUGAAAACAGUGGGAAUAGGAGCUUCUGGUCAAGUCUACGAGGUAGAUGAGGAGAUAGUUCUCAAGAGUUGUCGCAUUUUCGAACAACCAGGGAGCGACGCCUCUGACAACGACCGAUACCACUACGCCUCAGACACUAUUUUUCUCUCGAGCUUGUUACAGGAUGAACGAGUCGUUCUACGGCUACUGCAAAAAUGGCCACAUCCUCACAUUAUCGAAGCUAUCGACACUGAUCAAGUCGAGGGUAUAUUCCUUCGCAGGUAUCAGACGUUGCCGGAGGGUGCGAUAACCACGCAACCUACUCGAAUUAGGUGGUAUUGUGAGAUUACUGACGCGCUUUGCCAUAUCCACAAACUUGGAAUUGCUCAUGCGGAUAUAAGGAUUGACAAUAUCCUCUUUGAUAGCCGGGGCUCUGCUAUUCUUUGUGAUUUCAGUGCCGCCAGUCCAUUCGGUCAACCCAAUAUCGUUAUCUUGGACCUUCCACUUCCAGUGAACGGACCUUCGCCAAGUCUUUCCGAGGCAACUGAUAUGUUCGCAAUGGGCUCGCUUCUAUUCCAGGUUGAGCAUGGAAUCAAACCUGAAAUUUCUGUUGACAGAGAUGGGGAAUUGAUUUUGCCUGAAAUACAGACCAGUCAUCAAGGCAUCGAUGUGAUUAUUCGAAACGCUUGGCUUGGACACUACAGCCGCACCUCGGAGAUGCUAGAGAGCCUUCGUUCACUCGACAGUCAGAUUAGCCAAGGUGUUCUUGAUACCCAAAAUACCCAAACCCACCCAGAACCAAUUGCUGUUUUGAAAGAGCGAAUCAGAAGAUGGAGAGAAAGCCGCGAGAUCAAUAAUGGAUGUGUCCUUGAUGGUAUGCUCUCAGAAGGGCAGCUACAAGUGCUAGCUGAUUCCUAUGGCUUGGACAAAGAUGCAGAGUCACGUUUCGCUAGCUAUGAUGUGCCUUCGCAGCUAUAUGUCUCCAAGAGCAAGGGGUGGCCUGAAUUCCUGAAGAUUUUUGAAGUCAAUGAUGAAGCUCACGACGUAGGCGCACGGAGACCUACAAGAUAUGAGCCUAGUGGCCGUUGGAAGCUCCCCGGCACCUGGAGCAUUUGUCUCGACGGUUAUGGGAACUUCCCAUUGGCACCUCAGGCCAUGGUUGCGGCGUAG